AUGUUGAGAAGACGAUCGAUCCUUAAUCUAUUCACACAAGCAGGCAGCAAGUGCGUCUUACAACAGCGAUCUUAUACCACAGAGGUACACAAUAGUAUACUAGCAGCUGCACGGAGAGAUAGACCGUUAGACUAUCCUCGUUUCUGCAUCAAUCCUAAAGUGCACGGCAAAUGGAUUACUGUAAAAGAAUUGCAUAAAUAUGAUGUAUUGCAAAAUGGAGAAAAGGCAGAAAAGGAUUUAGUGACUUUGACAGGUCGAAUAGUUUCCAAACGAGAAUCGAGUCAAAAGCUCGUGUUUUAUGAUAUUAUGCAAAAUGGAGAAAAAAUGCAGGUGGUGGCCUCACAAGGAAAAUACCAUGGCUCUGAAAGCAAAUUUAGUGAAUGUACAAAACAUCUACGAAGAGGGGAUAUUGUCUCUUUUACAGGAGUACCGGGAAAAACAAAGCAUGGACAGCUCAGUGUUUUUGUAACCAAUGAAAUGAAGGUUCUAACACCUUGCCUACAAGACCUUCCGCGAAAGUCUUUGCUUGAUCCUGAAAAACGAUUUCGAGCAAGACAUGUGGAUUUGUUGGUGAACACAGAGUCAGCGCAUAUUUUACGGACACGAUCAAGGAUUAUAAAAUUCAUUAGAGAAUUCUUAGAUGCACGCGGAUUUUUGGAAGUGGAAACACCCAUUCUGUCUGAUAAAGCAGGAGGCGCAAAUGCGCGCCCUUUUGAAACACACGCAUUCGCUCUUAAUAUGGAUAUGCAAAUGCGAAUAGCUCCAGAAUUGUAUUUGAAGCAGUUGGUGAUAGGCGGCCUGGACCGUGUUUAUGAGAUAGGAAAGCAGUUUAGAAAUGAGGGUAUUGAUGCAGACCAUAAUCCUGAAUUUACGACUUGCGAAUUCUAUCAAGCCUAUGGUAACUUGGAAAGCCUGAUGAAUGAUACAGAGACUUUACUAAAAGAAAUGGUGCAAGCUAUUUGUGGUGGAAAUACUCUACAAUUGAAAUCCGGAGUGAAUAUAAAGUUUGAUGUCCCUUUUCGUAAAAUUGAUGUUACAGAAGCUUUGGAACAACAGCUAGGAAGGUCAUUAUCAUUUUUAGAAAAGCCUGAUUCGAUAAGCGAGCUAUUGUCUGUUUGCGUUAAACAAGGACUAAUGCCAAGUUCUAAAAUAACUGUGCCAAAGCUACUAGACAGCCUCAUCUCAGAACACAUUGAGCCUAAAUGUACACAACCUACCUUUCUAUACAAUCACCCUGUUUCACUCAGCCCUUUGGCGAAAAGUUUUACAGACGAGAAGGGAAGGACUGUGUCAGCCAGAUUUGAACUCUUUGUGGGAGGGAAGGAGAUUGUGAAUGCUUACGAAGAAUUGAAUGACCCGGAAGAACAACGGGACAGAUUCAGAUUACAACUACAGGAUAGGAAAAAUGGUGAUUUGGAAGCACCUAUACCAGACACAGAUUUUUGCAAUGCAUUGGAAUAUGGCUUACCACCCACAGCUGGCUGGGGCAUGGGCAUUGACAGAGUUGUUCAAUUAUUGACAGGAGCAACGCAUAUCCGUGAAGUUCUCGCUUUUCCUACAAUUCGACCGCGUAAGCCAUCGUUAGAAAAGACAAAGGAAGAUGAGCAAGAAUAA